UGGUACCUGUGUGCCGAAGUGAAGAGGACUCAGGUUUGACCAAUGGUUUAGUAAUAAUACUGCGAUGUUAACAUACUGUUCGUUUUAGGUCACAAACAUGCAGCGUAUUUUAUGCCUUUAUUUUUUUAUUAUUAAAAAUGCUGUUCCUAAAGACUUACCAGCAUUCUCUUCAGACACUCGGUUCCACUUAAGUUGGACUUUGGUCCUCCUUGUGCCACCAGAACAGCUCUGACCCGUCGUGACAUGGACUCCACAAGACCUCUGAAGGUGUGCUGUGGUAUCUGGCACCGAGACGUUAGUAGCAGAUCCCUGUAAGAUGCGACGUGGGGCCUCCGUGGAUCGGACUUGGAUCGGAUUGAGAUCUGGGGAAUUUGGACGCCAAGUCAUCACCUUGAACUCUUUGUCAUGUUCUUCAAAACAUUUCUGGACAAUUUCAAACCAUUUCUGCCGUUUUGUAGACGCUCUGAUUCAGUCGUCUAACCAUCACAAUUUGGCUCUUGUAAAAGUCACUCAGUCAGAUCCUUACGCUCGCCCAUUUUUCCUGCUUCCAUCACAUCGACUUUGAGAACUGACUGAUCACUUCCUCCCUCAUAAAUACACCCCACCUCUCGACAGGUGCCACUGUAGUGACAAAACCAAAAAGUUAUUCACGUCACCUCUCAGUGGUUUUAAUGUUAUGGCUGAUCAGUGUAUAUCGUAAUGUAUUUCUUUAAACUAUUUUAAUUAGUAUAACAACAACAACAACAACAACAACAACAAUAAUAAUACAUUUAAUUAUUUAAAUAAAAUAAAAAUCAAGUUAAGUCCUAAAGUUUAUAUAAUAUAUAAUAUUUUAGAUAAUACACACUACCGGUCAAAAGUUUGUGGACACUAUGUUUCUCAUGACCUUAAAAACCUUUUGAUCUGAAGGUGUGUGAUUAAAUGUGUGAAAUCUGUGUCGUGGACAAAAAUAUAACCGCGCCAACAUAGGCCUAUUCAUUUCUUUCAUUAGAAAACUAACAUUUUAUUUACAAAAAAAAUUAUUUUAAACGAACGAAAUGCCAAGAAUACAUUUCUGGAAAUUCUAGUCUACUUUGAAGAUGAUAAAAUACUAAAUUAUUUAGAUUUUUAUUAUUUUUUUUAUUUAUCACAACAUAAUUCCAAGAGCUCCGUUUAUGUUAUUCCAGAUGACGUUUUGAUGACUUUAUUCUUAUUAUUCUAAAAAUGUUGAGAAAAAAUAAAAAAAUUAUACAUAAAUAAAGAAUGAGUGUGUCUAAACUUUUGACCGGUAGUGUACAUCAUAGCAUAUGUGAUCUUCUUAUGUGAGAAACUCUGCUAUAUAAAAUCUCGCGAGAUUUCCGCGCGAUAUCGCUCCACUGCGUCAUAAAAAAACAAAUCAUACAGCAAAUCUCGCGAGAUUUUGCGCUGGGUCAGUACGUGGAUGAAAACCAAAACAGUGCAGCAGCAGGAGCAGCAGUGCAGGAGAGAGAGAGAGAGAGAGGUCAGAAAUAUGGAGUGAGUCUAAUCCGGACAGGAGUAUACGUAAGAAAGAGGAGAAGAUAUCAAUUAAUAUAACUGAUUUGAUUUAGUUUUGCUUGUUGCUCUGGGUUACAGUGACUCAGCUAGCUAGGGUUGGAGCAUCUGUAUACACAUACAUGCUGCUGUUAUCUGUUAUCUCUGAUUAAACUCACACACACACACACAGAGAGAGAGAGAGUGAGAGAGUGAAGAUGGCAGAUAUGGAGUCUUCUCUGGAGUUCAGCAGCUCUCUGACCAGCUCCACACUGCCUCCUCCCCGCACCCGGAUCUUUAAGAUCAUAGUGAUCGGAGACUCCGGGGUGGGAAAGACCUGCCUCACAUACCGCUUCUGCGCCGGUAAGUUCCCGGACAAAACCGAGGCCACCAUCGGGGUGGACUUCCGAGAGAAGCUUAUCGAGAUCGACGGAGAAAAGAUCAAGGUCCAGCUGUGGGACACGGCGGGUCAGGAGCGUUUCCGUAAGAGCAUGGUGCAGCACUACUACAGAAACGUGCACGCCGUGGUGUUCGUGUACGACGUGACGAGCGCGGCGAGUUUCCGCAGCCUCCCGGCGUGGAUCGAGGAGUGCCGGCAGCACGCGCUCGGCCACGAGGUGCCCCGGAUCCUGGUGGGCAACAAAUGCGACCUGCGCCACGCCGCUCAGGUGAGCACGGAGCUGGCCCAGCAGUUCGCCGACGCCCACUCCAUGCCUCUGUUCGAGACCUCGGCGAAGAACCCGCAGGGCGGGAGCAACGACAGCGACCACGUGGAGGCCAUCUUCAUGACGGUGGCGCACAAGCUGAAGUCGCAGAAGCCGCUGGUGCUGAGUCAGCCGGCCAACACGGUCACGCUGAGGGGGCAAGAUCAGGACGAGGAGCAGCGUGGGAACUGGGGCUGCAACUGCUGGAGGAGCUAGUGAGACACAGGCGGGGCUAGAUCGGUCUGAAUUUACUACUAGACGACUAAAAGGGUAGCAGGUUUAAAAGAUUCGAAAUCUCCAAAGUGUUCGUGACGGCAGAGGUCGCAAAACGGACGGAUUGGCUGACAAGGACGACGGAUUAGAGGCUGAUAAACUGCCUCCUAGGCGCGAUCGCGACACUAAACACUGCAGCGUGUAUACCGAACCCUACACAUGUUCCUGUGCUCCUGGAAAUCCUUAACUCGAGUGUGAUUCAGAUGCAGACAUGAGUUAUAUUCUAUAUUUUAAUGACACGAGAGAUGCCAUAAAAAAAAAAAAAUUUACUCUGCUUAUUAGACUUUAAGGCUGUGUUUCUUCUUUAAAGCUGAAUAACGUCGUACUUUUAUUACUCGGAUUAUUAGACGCCCAAGAGAGAAGAGACUCACCGAUACGAGCAUGCGAACACACAUAAGAUAAGAUUACGCUCAAACGGUUAUGACAGAAGGUAGCGUAGGUGUUUGCCAGAAUUUCCUCUUCUUCUUCUUCUUCUUCUUCUUCUUCUUUGUACUGUAACCCUUGAGACCACUGCACUAGGAGAAUAACUGUGCUUACGCAAUGCGCAAACUUAAUGUACCCGAUCGUAAACGUUCAUCACGUCAAGGUUUACCUUCUAGAUGUUUCGUUGCUGGCGCUCGUCAUUCAGCUCAGAGCACCUCGGUCUCAUGGUUUCAUAUCACCGUACAGUGAAAGUGCGUGUCUGUAAUAACCGGAAACCGGUUCAGCUUUCGGUGUUGUUUUGCGCCACAAAAAAAAAAAAAAGAAAAAAAGAUAAACGACAGUCGCAUCUAAUUGUCGUAUCGUUCGUCAUAACGCCUCCUCCUGUGGAGAUGAUGUUGCCGUGUGUAGGUGCUGUGCAGUGCAGUAGAACAGAGCUCAGUAAUAAUAAUAAUAAUAAUAAUAAUAAUAAUAAUAAUAAUAAUAAUCACUCAUUAAUUAUUUGGGAAUUUUAACAAGAAUGUGAAAAGAUUCAUGCGACGCAUAGCACCUACAGUACGUUCUCGGUGUCCCGUGUGACGAGGUACAUCACCGAUCACGAUAUUUACUACAACUCCAUUCUCACUGACCCUCUGCAGCUUAUUAUUAUUAUUAUUAUUAUUAUUCUGAGGGAUGAAAACAUGAGCAGAUGUCCCUGUGCUGCUUUCCAAAUGGGACUGAUGAAAAACUAAUGCACUUCUAAGCUGCUUCUUCAAUAGAGAAAUACACGAAUACAAGAAGUCUUUCCCAUUACCUGGCAACGCAACCCCUCCCUUCUUUUUUUUUAUAGCAAGACGCAAUAUAACGUAGAUCCAGUCAAGAAAUGUAAUCAAUGCUAGUGAUUGUAAAGCAUUAAACCAAGUUUGUGUUGACAUUUAACAGGUUUUCGCUCUUGUGGUAUUCGCCGUUAUGGAAGAUUUUUCUGGCUUUUUUUUUUUUUUUUUUAGAAGCUGAUGCUAAGUGUAGUUACUCGGUCGUUUUUAAGCCGCUAAGCGCUUACGUUCGUCCGUCCCGUCGUCCAAGAUUCUACGUUAGUGUGACGUAUACGCGAUAACGGAUAAUUGUUUUGUUGGAAAACCGGCAGACGAGCUGAUUAGAUUCAGGGUCAAGGUCAGAGCAAGGUCAAAAAAUAUCUGGAGGCUAAUCAUUUGCGCAGAGGUUGCAUGUUCUCGCCGUGCUUCGGGGGUUUCCUCCGUGGACUCCGGUUUCCUCCUCCAGUCCAAAGACGUGCGUUGUAGGCUGAUUAGUGUUUCCAAAUUGUCCGUAGCGUGUGAACGGGCGUGUGAUUGUGCCCUGUGAUGGAUUGGCACCCCGUCGAGGGUGUCCCCCGCCUCGGGAUAGGCUCCAGGCUCACCGAUGAUGGCUGGCUGGAUCUACGGGAACGCGUUCUUGACAUCGCCUUUAUAUAUUGUUCGAAGUAAUAUUUGAAUAGUCAUCGCUAGCUAAUUAGCCUCGGUCAUUAGCUAGGUGAUGCUUGGCAUCGAUAUUUCCAUUUCCUUAGUUUGCUUUCCUGAAUCACGUAUUCUUGAACGAGAUUUGAACUUGUAACACUACGUAACUCGUGAGAAAUACGGACGUUUUUCUCAACAAUUUUCCUUGCUAAACUUACCAUGAAGAGACUGGGCUAGGUUUUUGUAUGCCGUAAUUAUACUUAGCAUCAACUGUAAAAAAAAAAAACCAACAAAAAAUACUACCAAAGUGGGCUUCUGACUAACGGUGCAGUAGUCGGAACGAACCCCACACAAUGAUCAUUUAUUUAUCUAUUUUUAUUUUAUUCCGCGAAUGGCGAAGGAAUAGGAGCAACGACGAUUCAGACAGGAGUGAGGGAUUUAUAAGACUAGAUCCUACAGCGCAUGGAAAAUGUUUUAAACGUUUAAACAAGAAGAAGAGAGCACAAUGAAAUAAUGCCGUAACCAUAGCGACAAUGGGGAGGGGCUAGAAUGCUAGCUAUAGUAAAUCAGAAGACAUUUAGCUGGCUGUUUAGUAAAACAUACUCAUACGGAGUGUUUAUUUUAUUUUAUUUUAUUUUAAAGCUACUAAAGACCAAGCAAAGAUAAAUGCCGUGUGUUGUAUGCUGACUUCGGAGCUGUAACGUGUGGCGCAGGACUCUGUGUGUGUGUGUGUGUGUGUGUGUGUGUGUGUGUGUGUAUAUAACGCACUGCGUUUACUGUGUGCAUGAUGUUCUCAUAUUACUAUGGCAGAAGGAUAAAGUAUCAGCGUCUCACUCACACAGCCUGCAACCUUUCAGGAUGACUAAGACAGCAAAUGUGAGUGUGUGUGUGUUGUAAAUCAGGCCAACAUGCACGCCUGAUUUGAAUCGUGGCUUAACCCCGUCCCAGCCGCAGCAGGUCCUGUGGCGCGCGCUUAAGAAAGCCUUCAGGCGUGGACAUUUUCAACGUGGUUGAUUCUUCAGUCUCGAAUGCUUUACUGCUGUUCUGUGAGUGAACGGCGAUGUCUCUCUGACUGCCAUGAGCAUCCACAUUUGUUUUGUGGUGCAAAGGAAAUGCAGCGUGUGUUCAACAAGGCAUGGGUGAAAGUUUGCACACCACCUCACUGGUUAUGGGUUCCAGUAUUAAAAAAAAGGACUUCUGUUUUACGACUGAUCCACAAACAGUAGAGAACGGGAGACUCCGGGGUUCCGUGGUCGCUAAAACGAACGCAAAACUCAAACGCCACAUUCGUAGGAGCGUGCAAUACGUCAGGAUUUUCCGCAGGUUCGGGCCGAGACGUGUCGUCAAAACGCGCGUCCGACCGAAACCCUCUCCGAUUCACGCGAGUACAGAUAAACGUUCUCGUUUACCGACUUUUGGUGCGAAAGAGCGCGCAGAACAAUCUCGUGCGAUCGCGAUCGCGCCGAUUCGAGUAGUUUUACGCACAAUAAGAAGCACAAGAAACUCGGUGAAAAUCUGUACGGACUGAACAGAGUGCGCUAUUAGAUGUCAAUCAAAAUGAAAAACCGCUAACAAUAACAAGCCGAUCAAUCGACGCGUGAAUGGAACGAUCGAGUCUCUUAUUGCUUAUCUCGUGAUCUCUGUGUUCUCAUUUCAACUCGAAUUUUCCCGCCUGAAAGAUCCGCCUUCGAGAUGUACAGAGAAUUCCUUAAUAGAUGCGAAAUCAAACCUAUCAACUUUACACAUUAUAUUAUUAGACAAGCACCUUGUUAACGGCUAUGAGAGGAAGGAUUUUGACCAAAAAAAAAAAAAAGGUUUAAUAGGCAUACAGUAAAUAAAAUGUCAGAUCUAACACUUUUACAACAAAUGUCAUUGUUAAUGAGAUUAGACGAGUGAUCUGGAAUAGAAUUAUUUCGAAAAUGUACUGCUUUAUUUUUAUUUUUUAAAGGUUUUGCCAUAAGCCUCUUCGUCCCGAUUCUUCGAAGGCGGCGUAUGAUCAUAGCGAAGGUCAAUGAGAACAGGUCAAAGGUGAGGUGUAAGGAAGAACGCACCAGGAACGGGCUUCAAGGGGCCAAAAUUUACAAGCGAGAGGAUCUAAAAGCUGAAAAUCUGGAAGCCAAAGUUGGAAGUUAUUAAGCGUUUUAAGAGACUUAAAUAACAGACUCAUAACAGAAUAAGAGACUUAAAUAACAUGUUAAAAUAUCGAUAUUUCGAUUGGCUUCACGAUUAAUAUAUACGUAUUAUCACGCACGGUUUUUUUUUUUUUUAUUACUUCUGUAAAACCUAAUACGCUUAAGAUAUCUGUUUCAUUGUAAGGGUGUGCAAACUUUUCUUGUGGGCUCAACUGUAGGAUUAUCGUAAUGGGGAGGGGGAAAACACAACCAUGAUGUUUAGCAGUGAAGACAAUCUUGACGUUGUGGUGCUUCGGGGAGACCGGGUCGGGUGUCGGGAUGCGUCGGGGAGACCGGGUCGGGUGUCGGGAUGCUUCGGGGAGACCGGGUCGGGUGUCGGGAUGCUUCGGGGAGACCGGGUUGGGUGUUGUGGUGAACGUGUUUGCGUUAUGUUUUGCCAAAAGUGGUUUUAAUAUCAAAAAUCAUUUUAAUAUCAUUUCUGUGCCUAAAAAAAAGAGAAAAUCCUAACAGGAAACCAGGCCUCUCACGUCCUCUGGGAUGAUUUUGUUUCUCAGGAUGUUUAUAUAUACAUAUAUACAUAUACAUUUGUGUUUCAAUGUCGUCUGGUCGGACAAACCCUCACGGCGUUGUUCAGUUCAAUGCCUCUACAUCGUCACGUCAUACACAUCUGACAAUCGGCCAGUUUCGCCGUUACGUCCCGGUCACGUGUCUGAUUUCUCCGCCGUGGGACAAACCGAAAGAAUAAAGUCUGAAGCUGGAUUAUUGUCAUUUUUUGUUUCUGGUGUUUUCAAGGAACGUUGCUUGUUUUGUUUUGUUUUUUUUUAACAGAUGGAAUAAAGCGCUCUUCACAUA